AAUGGAAUGUGGUUGAAGAUACUUGAGUAUGUGAUCCUUCCUUCUAUCAUAGCAUGGCUUACAAGAAUCUGUUGGCCCUUAAUCUGGAGAGUAGAAGGCAAAGGUCAAAUUUUCUGCAAUGUCUACGGAGAAAAGGGGCCUGGAAAAGUGUGCCGCCUGAUCUGUCCUGGUGGAUACUUCCAUUUGUCAACAAUGCAUGAACAAUGUUAUCCCUGGCUUACAUGUCAGGACCUCAAGGAUGACAUUAUAAAGGUCAAGACUAUUGGAGCUGGAGCAGUGAAACAGGUUUCAUUAGCAACAUGGAACGGUCAUAUGAUAGCGAUGAAUGAACCAAUCACAGAUUUGUAUCUAGAAGACUACAGGUAUGGACUGGAAAUGCUGAAACAACUUCAAGGUCAUCUUGAGGUCGUGCAGUUUGUAGGGUUUUGCAAUGACACAUAUUUUACAGAAUAUUACAAAUUUGGUUCCGCUGACCAGCUGGAAAAUAUUCUCCGUGACCACCCCUCUGUAUUCCAGAAUACUAUGGCAAGAAGAUUUAGUCUGUGUGUGAAUUACGUCCAGAUUCUAAAUUUUCUACACACACACAGACUUGGAACCUUUGUCAUGUGUGAUUCAAAUGAUCUUGACAAAACCUUGAAGCAGUUUCUUAUCACAGACAAUUUAACACUGGUACUCAAUGAUGUAGAUUCCAUAGCUAAGGUCAAUCAUUCUGCAGGUGAACUCAUCAAAUGUGGUCAUCGUCAACUUGGGGGAGAAUUUGUUGCACCAGAACAAUUAUGGCCUUUUGAUACUGAGUUCAAAGAUGAAGCUAUGCCACACUAUGAUGAGAAAUCAGAUAUAUGGAAAAUUCCUGAUGUCUGUAAUAAUUUCAUUGAUGGAAAUAGUGAUGCUCUGAAAGUCAAAAUGGAUUUGUUCAGAAUCCAUUCUGCUUGUAAAGAAGAGCAGGCAUCACACAGACCAACAGCAGCAGAUAUUUUACAGGACUAUGAACAUGUGUGGAAUAGCAUCAGUAAAUCAAAUGAUUGACUUUCACUUUGCUCCAAUUUGACCAUUUUUUUCAUCAGUUGUUCUUUUGUGAAAUUUCUAAUCUCUACACCAUUUCACAGUUUUUGCUCUCUGUAAUUUUAACCUGAUCAUUAGGACUAUACUGUACUGUAAACCAAUCUCUGAACUUCUUUUGAGAGAUAAAAUUCAAAAGACAUUCAAGAAUAUUGUAAGUCCCAAUGGUCAAUCAAGGUUAUAGACAAAAGAUGAAAGUCAGUUUACACUACAGUUUAUUGCUUUGUAGUUUUGAUGGAUAAACAAUAAAAGGAGAAAGUAGAAA